CUGUCUCCAAAAACAAUACAACAAAAAACAUAAAUUUUUCACCUGAUGCUCUUCUACCUUCCAUCUCCUUGCUCAUCCGCUUAGAUCGGUUCCAUUUACCUUUAAUCUCUCCUCCUCUAUCCAUCCCUUUUCAUCUUCGCUGUAAAAACAAAAACAAAAACAAAACAUUUUCAUUUCCUCAGCAUUAACAAAUCGACCCACCAAGAAAAUCCAGCAUUUCUUUCUCAUCUUUUACUAUUUUGGUGUUUUCAUCAACAAAAGAAUAGUCUUUUCUGUUUUUAUUUUGAUGUUGACUCAUAAAAAUCAAAACUUGAUGUUUUUAUUUUCACCCUCUUAGAGCCUCUCAAUUGAAGCUUGCUUGCAUGUUUCGGUCCUAAAUGAGAGAAUAUGGGAAAUGUGACAUCGAAUGUGGCUGCAAAGUUUGCGUUUUUUCCACCUGACCCCCCAACGUAUGAUGUGAUUAGAGAAGAAGAUGGCAGGUUUGUGUUCUCGGGAGUCACGGCUGAUAAGAACGUGGACGUUCAUGUUUUGGAAACAAAAGCUGGCAACAAAAUUGCGGCAACGUUUUGGAAACACCCUUUGGCAAGAUUUACUCUUUUGUAUUCUCAUGGAAAUGCUGCUGAUUUGGGGCAGAUGAAGGAGCUCUUCAUGGAGCUUAGAGCUCACCUUAGAGUCAAUAUUAUGAGUUAUGACUAUUCUGGAUAUGGCGCUUCCACCGGCAAGCCUUCAGAACUCAACACAUAUCAGGACAUAGAGGCUGUGUACAACUGUUUGAAAAGGAAGUAUAAUGUUAAGCAGGAGGAACUGAUUUUGUAUGGCCAAUCUGUUGGAAGUGGACCUACCCUGCAUUUGGCUUCUCGCUUACAGAAGUUAAGAGGUGUUGUUCUUCAUAGUGCCAUCCUUUCAGGCAUUCGCGUCUUGUAUCCUGUCAAGAUGACAUUUUGGUUUGACAUUUUUAAAAAUAUAGACAAAAUCCGACAUGUCAACUGUACUGUUCUAGUUAUACAUGGAACGAACGAUGACAUUGUUGAUUUUUCCCAUGGGAAGCGCUUAUGGGAACUGGCCAAGGAAAAAUAUGAUCCUCUAUGGGUCAAAGGCGGUGGCCACUGCAACCUGGAAACUUACCCUGAGUACAUUAAACACUUAAGAAAGUUCGUAAAUGCAAUGGAGAAAAUCUCAAUCACAAAUCCUCCAAAAAAAGAACUUUCCCCUAAUCCAAGCUUUACAGAGAGUAAAAAUAACAAGUGCUUGAGAUUCGGGAAAAAAUAACCCAAUGGGACGUACUGAAUCAGAACAGGUAGCUCAUUCGUGAAGUCAUUACAUCUCCAAGAAUAGGCUUGCUUGCUUUAGGCUUGGUAUGAUUCUCAAAAACGGCAACCUUUGAUCCAGAUCUUCACCAGGCUGCAACUUUUGAUCUGGAUUUCAUGUACAAUGUAGCAAAGUCAUUCAUGUAAAAACCAUUGUCGAUGUCAACAAAGUGAAGAAAAGAAUUCAUGAGUUAUAUUAGUUAUGUAUGUUUCACCAUUGAUCAAUGAAUUUACCUUUUUUUCCU